AUGCCCCUUAUCCUGGACAACCCCAUGGACGAGGCUGCCAUGCAGGUCGAUCUCGACGAUGUCGACGACCUUUUUGGAGAUGGCGUCCCCCUCGCAUUGCCUCCCCGUCCACCAAGCAAGCGUCUGCACCAAAGACUCGACGAGCUUCGGAGGAGUGGAUGUUGCCAAGGUGUCGCUUGGUCAAAGACCGGCACGAUAGCGUCCAUCUCUCCAGGUGGGCACAGCCUCGAGCUCAGGUACCUAUGCGCAGACCCAAAGACGGCGCAAUGGGGACUCAGCGACGCGACACACUUCACGCCAAGCACGAGUUUCCCUGGAGGCCCUAUCGUUCACCUGACCUGGAGCCCGACCAACACGUCGUCUGAGCUCGCCGUCAUCGAUUCUGUGGGGAGGACCUCCAUUUUCAACUUUGCCACGAAUCUGAAUAGGCCGUCACGGGUUCGAGGCUGGGACACUGACCCUGUGGAUGACUUGCACAUGGUGGUGGGCUCGUAUUGGCUCAAUCUCAUGCCAACACAUGCCUCCAAGGUUCAUCCACUGUACAGCCCAGCUGUCAAGGUCGGCGACAAGUACAAGUAUGAGCCGUCAUUUGUCCCAAUCAGUGGCCCGUACCAUCCGAAUCCUUCACGUUCGGCACUCAUCACUGUCACCACUCGAGGAUUACUCAAAAUGUUCUGGUACCAGGCAAACGGCAAGUUGGAGGAGACAAAGAUUGACCUUGAAAGUGUGAACUCCGCCGACGACCUCAUCACCCACGCGUCUAUCUGUUCUGACAUGAAGACUGUCCUCUUUGUCUCCUUGAUGACGCAGUCUAAGCAGCUUCGCGUUGUCCAAGUCAAGAUUCUCUGGGACGGGCAGAGAUCAGAAGGCCAACAGACCCAACAGCAACCCAAUCGCCCGCUAAAUCCCAGCUUGUCCGUGAAACAUCUUGCUGUUACCACAUGGCUGAGUGGGGAGCAGGACUCUCAUCUAGGCUCUGCCAUGCCCAAGGUGUCACUUCUCGAGUUUCUGCCAACUUCGCCCAAUCAGGCGACUAAGAAAAUGGCAGCACCUGUGAUCGUUGCCGUCCGCUCGUUUGUGCCGACGUUGAGCUCGCCUUACAACCAGGAGAUCCAAAGCUCGAUCGACGUAUGGGAGCUCCAGCCAGAUUCUCAGCAGACUGUGCAUCCGGCUUUUGAAAAACUUGGGACACGGAGGAGUAGUGUUGGACAGCCUAAUCAGGACCCGCUGUGCUUGAGAAAGCUGGACUCAAUCAUUGUCGAUAAAGUUGUUGUCGGCAUCACGCAAGUCCCGCUGGGUAGAGCCAUUUGCUUCGCAUACAGCGAUGGCACAAUUGAAUACCGGGAUCGAUUCACAUUACAACCAAUGUACAACGAAGUCAACCUAGACCGCAUCACAUCAAUGCUUGAAGUUGGUUUCACCCAGGAAGGAGAAUCGAGUUGCCUGCAAAGCGCCUUGUCGCCCACGAGCCUGUCUGUGAUCCAAAUCAAUGAAGCGGGCAAGCUGCACUGGCACAGUCUGCGGUACGGACAGGACACUUCGUCACCCUUGACUGCAGGCCAGCUAUCGUCGGUCGUUGCAGCGAUGACCAUGGCGACUGCACAAUCAGCGUAUGCGCAGAUCAACAUUGAUGACCUCCUUUCUAUUGCCAGACACUUCAAACAACAAGAUGGAUUCUCCUCGCAAUGGAUGACCGAAAUGGUGCAUCUUUCCAAGAUUAUUGUUGAUUAUGCGGAGGAGGUGCCGCACGACCAUCUUUUCAGAAACAACCAGCUGCAGCUCUUCUUCAGCAUUCUCAAUCACGUGGGAUGGAAUGGGACGACACAACAGCGGGACUUCCAGAGCAAGCUAUCCACAAUAGCCCUAAAUCUUCGCAACAUUGUGAUCCUGAUCACGAUAGCCAACAACAACACACAUUCGGGAAGAGGUCCUACGCCGAUGGACGACACCGAGGUCGUCAGCGCCCUGGCUGGCUGUUGCAAGUGGUCUAUAGACCUUCUGUCCUGGCUAUGUGACUCGCUUUUCUGUCUACUGGACGACACGAAGUUCAUGGCUCUGCUUCAAGCAAGUCCACCGCAAUUCUCACAACUUACAGACUACCUCCACCAGAACAACGACGUGGCGUUACACAUGAUCAUGUGCUCUUCGAUCCGGGGCCUGCUCAAUGCAGUCUGCCGCAGAAUCAAUCUUCUGGACAACCUUUCCGUCAUGGCGCUCAAAUACUACGAGAGCCGCGCUGGCAAGGAUGAGCCAGCAGCCACGCCAGGAGCACCUACAGGUGCCAAGGGCGGCUCGUAUGGAUCACCUCUGCACAUGGCCUACCAGCGAAUACAACGACAUACGUCCUCCGCCAUGAUCAAGAUUAGUGACUUUGAUGCUCUCCUCACGACGUUUGGCACCGCGAUUCGCACAGUGUACAAGGCUUCUUCCGAACAUAUGAACAAACAGCAGCAACAACAGAACACUAGCAAUGGGGCGUCUGGGAACAGUAACCCCAAGGACGACGCUGGCGCGCGCGCGCGUGCCACCUGCGAACUGACGCUGCUCCUGGGGGGCCCCCCGCCUCCGUCGUUCCAGGACAUCCUGUGCAAGCUCUUCAAGCAGGACCUCACCAACCUGCGCAGCCAGACCGACGCGGCGAGACUCUUCUUUGCAGACUAUAGUCUUCUUGAGAUCGACGACGAGCCCAAGGCGUUGGAGCGCAAGAGGGCACGCGGCGCGCAUGUCGACAUGUUCAAGCGCGUAGAAAUCGUCAAGGGCGUCCACGGUGGUAGUGCGAGCCGACGGGCUGGGAGCCUGGGCGGCGACCACGAGAGCGGGGCUCAGCAGGCGCCGGCGCAGUGGCGAAUGUGUGUACGCUGUGCGAGCGUCAUGGAGGACUUUGGGCCUGUGCAUAACCGGCCAAAUCUGGCGUUUGUGCUGAGCCAGCAGCGGAACUGCUCCUGUGGAGGACGGAUGGUGCUCCUGCCGCUGACCAGUGGAGAUGGGAACAGGGGGAAGUGA